GAUUAAAUAAAAGGUAUAUAAAAAUAAAGACCGUUUGGAUUGGUAAUCAAAUUUAACAAUGAAGAAGAUUGUGGUGGGAUUGUGCGUAGUUUUGGCAGUACACUAUGGAUUUUGUGCGAUGUCUGAAAAACAAAUUAAUGCAACUAAAAAACUGGUCCGAAAUACAUGCAUGAAUAAAGCAAAUGUGGCUCCAGAAAUCGUAGAUGCUAUGCACAAAGGAGAUUUUAGUCAGGGACAGUGCUAUAUAUCAUGUAUCAUGAACACGUACAAAUUGAUAAGCCCUGAAGGUACUUUUGACUGGGAAGGAGGAAUAAGAACCAUGGAAGCAAACGCGCCCAAAAGUCUCGUAGCUACUGCUAGUGUUUCCAUAAAGAAAUGCAAGGAUGCGAUGAAAACAAGUGUCAAGUCAAAUAAGUGUCAAGGCGCUGCCGAAAUAGCCCAAUGUAUCUAUGAAGAUAAUCCACCUAAUUAUUUCUUUCCGUAAACUACUUAAUGGAGGUUUCGUCGUCGUCAAAAAUGUUCGUGUGAUUAUUUUUAAGUAUAUUUAUUGAAUACAUUUUAUAAUGAUGCCAUUUAUUACUUACUGGAGUCAAUAAAUUUUGUUGCAGCAUU